CCAGAUCCCCCACCCACCCAGCCUCCAUUCCCAUCCUCUCCCUGAGUUUCUUCUUCCUCCUUCCUCCCUGAGUUUCUUCCGGAACCUGCUUCCCUCUCGCAAAGAUUUCGGGAUCGACGUGGAGUGCUCGUCUGCGUGCAUGGGGCUGGACGUCGGGGAGAUCGGCAUGCCCCUGGACCUGGGUCUCGACCUCAAGCUCUUCGUCGCAAAGACCGCCGGCCGCCUCGCCGCCAAGGACCCGCCCGCCGUCGACGCCUGCAUCCGCGGCCUCGAGGAGGAGCGCCGCAAGAUCGAGGUCUUCCAGCGCGAGCUCCCCCUCUGCGUCCGACUCCUCGCCCAAGUGAUCGAAUUCAUGAAGGAGGAGGCGGCCAAGCGGAGCGCCGCCGGCCGGGACGCGGCGGACGACACCGACAAGCGCAAGUGGAUGAGCACCGCGCAGCUCUGGGUGGACAGCAACGCCGAUCCCGUGCCGAAGGACCAGGAGAUCGAGAGCGCCAUGCCCAAGCCGAUGCUGUUCGGCGGCGCGCCGGCGCCGGUCGGCUUCGGCGCAAUGCCGCCUCCGCCGCCGCCUGCUUCACAGUUCUUCAUCAGGGACGACAGCAAGGUGGAAGGGCUGCCCGUCCUGCCUGUGAUGGCCUCGAGGCAGUUCUCUCCUCCUGCCGGCGACGACCGUCGCCACCAUGCCCUCCCUGCCAAGUUCGCCACCACCAUGCCCAUGCCGCCGCCGGGGCAUAGUCUGCAGCAGACCCAGGAGCAGCAGUCCAGGAAGGCGAGGCGGUGCUGGUCGACGGAGCUCCACCGGCAGUUCGUCGCCGCCCUGCGCCAGCUCGGUGGCCCUCAAGUUGCCACUCCAAAGCAAAUCAGGGAGGUGAUGAAAGUUGAUGGGCUCACCAACGAUGAAGUGAAAAGCCACCUCCAGAAAUACCGUCUGCACAACCAGAAGUCGCCCGGUUCUUCUUCAUCCAGCCAUCCCAUCAUGCUGAUAGGCGAUGUGUGGGCUCACCAGGAGCAACUGAGCUUGCACUCCAGGUCCCCCGAAGGUCCCCUUCAGUUCUCUGGCUCAGGGGUGGCUGUCUCGGCGCUCACCGGCAGCGACAGUUCUGAAGAAGACGACAGGUCGGAGAUGAUCUCCAAGGCUUUGCAUCUGUGAAAAGGUUUGCGUGAGAGAGAGAGAUGUAGUAGAGGUAGCUUAAUGUGCGGCAUCGAUGGCAAUAAUGGAUUCAGAAUAGAGUACCGCAGGCCGUGGAUCUAGGGAUAUUGGGUGUCGAUUAAAUCGAGCGCCCAAUAGAUGAACUGAUCAUGGCCUGGCUCCUGUGAUGUACAUGAGAGGUAGGAGAGUUGUUUCCAGCUCUCCCGAGGCUUUGUGUUCGGGCAGACCACCAAUUUUCGCCCUGAGAAUUAUUACAUACAUAUAUAUGAGAUAUUUGAAUGUUGUUCAGCUGUUUUGCUGUGUUGAGGUCAAUAAAACUUGCUCCAGUUAUUUUUGCUA